GCCGGUGCAACCUCACCCUCUCCAGUCACCUCUCCUCAGUUCCAGCUAUGAGUUCCUGCAACUUUACACAUGCCACUUUUGUGCUUAUUGGUAUCCCAGGAUUAGAGGAAGCCCAUUUCUGGUUUGGCUUCCCCCUCCUUUCUAUGUAUGUCAUGGCAGUAUUUGGAAAUUGCAUCGUGGUCUUCAUUGUAAGAACGGAACGCAGCCUGCACACUCCAAUGUACCUCUUUCUCUGCAUGCUGGCAGCCAUUGACCUGGCCUUAUCCACAUCCACCAUGCCUAAGAUACUUGCCCUUUUCUGGUUUGAUUCCCGAGAGAUUAGCUAUGAGGCCUGCCUUACCCAGAUGUUCUUUAUUCAUGCCCUCUCAGCCAUUGAAUCCACCAUCCUACUGGCCAUGGCCUUUGACCGUUAUGUGGCCAUCUGCCACCCACUGCGCCAUGCUGCCGUGUUCAACAAUACAGUAACAGCCCAGAUUGGCAUCGUGGCUGUGGUCCGCGGAUCCCUCUUUUUUUUCCCAUUGCCUCUGCUCAUCAAGAGACUGGCCUUCUGCCACUCCAAUGUGCUCUCACACUCCUAUUGUGUGCACCAGGAUGUGAUGAAGUUGGCCUAUGCAGACACAUUACCCAAUGUGGUAUAUGGUCUUACUGCCAUUCUGCUGGUCAUGGGCGUGGAUGUAAUGUUCAUCUCCUUAUCCUAUUUUCUGAUAAUACGGACAGUGCUACAACUGCCUUCCAAGUCAGAGCGGGCCAAGGCCUUUGGGACAUGUGUGUCACACAUUGGUGUGGUACUUGCCUUCUAUGUGCCACUUAUUGGCCUCUCAGUGGUACACCGCUUUGGAAACAGCCUUCAUCCCAUUGUGCGUGUUGUCAUGGGUGACAUCUACCUGCUGCUGCCUCCUGUCAUCAAUCCCAUCAUCUACGGCGCCAAAACCAAACAUAUCAGAACGCGGGUGCUGGCUAUGUUCAAGAUCAGCUGUGACAAGGACCUUCAGGCUGUGGGAGGCAAGUGACCCUUAACGUUACACUUCCCCUUGUCUUCAAUGGCUUGACAAACAUAAUUAUUUAUAACACUAGCUUAGUUCCAGUUGCCCACAAGCACAUGAGUGCUUUUCUCUGGAUGGAAUAAUCAACAAAAAUAUGAUCCAUCUACUUAGAAGACUAUUAUGUGGAAUAAUACAUAUUAAUGGAGUAUUAUGUGAUUUAAUGAGAACUAUAAAACCAAACAAGCUUAUAAUGUUAAGAAAAACAAUAAAGAUACUUGAUUGAAACCAAGUUGAAAAAUAGCAUAUGCCUUGGAGGAAAUGUGCUCAGAUUACUAAUGAUUUAGUGUUGUCUCUACUUUCAAUUUUUUUAUUAUGAAAGUAUUGGUUAACUGUCAUGUACAACUUUUUAAAGAGGAAAUAUAAUAGCUGGGCAUGGUGGCAUGCAACUGUAGCCCCCACUGCCCAGGAGACUGAGGUGGGAGAAUCACUUGAGUCCAGGAGUUUGAGGUUACAGUGAGCCAGAAUCACAUCAUUACACUUCAGCCUGAGCAGCAGAGCAAGACCCUGUCUCAAAGCAUAAAAUAUAGUUUCAUAUCAAAUGAAAUAGCAAAAAUUAAGCUGACCAAUUUAUGGAAGCCAGGGCUUGUCACAAUCUCUACUGUUAUUAUGCAUUAUCUGGGAAUUGAUAAAGCCCUGAAUAAUAAUGCCUAUGAAUAUAUCAUGUGCACUUACAAUGUUCUGGGCACUAUGAUAAGUGCUUUAUGGGUUUUAUGUGCUCUUCCUAAUUUUAUGGAGUAGGUACCAUUUGAGUCCCUUUAUUAUAAUUGAGAGAAAUUAAGUUUAUAUUAGCAAGGGAACUAAAGUCACACAGCUUGUGGGCAUUGUGCCAAGGUUUAAAAUUAAAUUGGAUAAUUGAAUACAGUUACUUAACUACCAUAUUAUAUUGCUUCCUGUGUAACAUCUGCCAUUUAUUUCCUCAGCUGUACAAAUCCUCUGUUUUCUCUCUGCUAUACGCUAACACCAAUGGCUCUGUACUUGUGGUGAGAGAUAACCCUGCCCUAGCUGUGGACAACAAAUCUAGAAUACUCUUCCUGUAUGACAGCCACCUUUCAUGGUCUUAUUGCUUGCUUCUUUCCAGAUUCAGGGAGAAUGUUGUGGUAUAUCUGAUCCUUGAUCAUGUCUUCAUUUUUUUAAUGUGCUCUGUGCCUGUCAAAAAUUUUGAAUGUACACCACAUGCUAUUGUCUGAACUUAAGUAUGAGAUAAAAUAAAAUUUUAUUUUAAGUUUU